AUGGAAGCUAUAGACUUGAACGAUGAUGGUCAGAAUGAUGUGAUGGAUGAAGAUAUAGAGGAUCAUGAAGUUUUAGAGGAUUCAGAGGCUAACGGAGGCACACAACCGAGACAAGUUCAGUCCCGCCGUAAAGUCUCAAGGUGCUGGAGAAAGUUUACUAUACUUGGAGGAAGGCUGUCUGAUGGUACAACUAAGAUCAGAUGCAACCUCUGUAGAAGGUUUUACUUCUUGAAUCUUCGCAGGAAUGGAACCUCAACUCUGACUCGUCAUAUGAAGGUAUGUCCAAAAGCUGUUGGAACACCUAGAAGUAGUCCUAAGAAUGUGGAUAUGAUGGUGUUUCGUGAGAUGAUAGAUAUGGCCAUUAUUGAGCAUGAUCUUCCUUACAAAAACACAGCAGCUUCUGAUGUGUUGAAGAUUUAUGAGAAUGAAAAGCAGAAACUUAGGAAAAUCUUAAAUGAUUUUCCUAGUAGAGUUUGUUUAACAACAGAUCUUUGGAGGGCUAUCACGAUUGAAGGCUAUCUCUGCUUGACUGCACACUACAUCGAUGAAGAUUGGAAUUUGCAAGCUAAAAUAUUGGCUUUCACGGCUUUUCCUCCGCCUCAUUCGGGAAUAGUCAUUGCUGUGAAGUUGAUUGAGCUGCUGAAGGAGUGGGGACUGGAAAAGAAGGUCUUCUGUCUCACUGUAGACAACGCUUCUUCGAAUGAUAGCAUGCAGAGUAUCAUGAAGAGACAGAUGCACAAAGAUCUGGUCUGCGGUGGCGAGUUCUUCCAUGUACGAUGUUCAGCUCACAUCCUUAAUCUUAUUGUUCAAGACGGCUUGGCAGUGAUUGGAGGAGCUUUGCAGAAAAUCAGGGAGAGUGUCAAGUUCGUUAGAGGAUCAGAAAGUAGAGAAAUAAUGUUUCAAAAUUGUGUAGAGACAUUGGGGAUUGAGGGUGAUGAAGGUAUGGUCUUAGAUGUAAGUACACGCUGGAAUUCUACUUUCCUAAUGCUUGAUAGAGCUAUAAAGUUCAAGCAGGCACUAGGUAACUUGGCGGAUGCAGAAGCGAGUUAUGUGAGUUUUCCCUCAUAUUCUAAGUGGAGGAGAGAAGAAAUGAUUUGUGAGCUUCUAAGGCCAUUUUCUGAAAUUACAGAUUUGAUUUCUGGUUCUUCAUACCCAACAUCAAAUCUGUAUUUCAAUGAAGUUUGGAAAAUUGAGUGUUGGUUGAGAGCUCAUGCGAAUUUCAGUGAUCCUAUCAUUUGUGAAAUGGUGAAGUGUAUGAAGCUCAAGUUUGAUAAAUACUGGGAAGAGUACAGCGAUAUCCUUGCAAUUGCUGCUGUUUUUGAUCCAAGACUGAAAUUUGCCUACUUGGAAUAUUGUUUCUCAGUUUUAAAUCAGCCUAGUUGUAAGAGAAGAUUGGCUCAUGUGCGUUCAAAGAUCUAUAAACUAUUUGGAGCUUACAAGAAAAACCAGAGAACCAGUAGUGCUGCAUGUUCACAAGUAGAAACACAAGAUGUUCCAGCCGGUUAUGGUGUAAGUUCUGUUCUGGAGUUAUUUCUGAUAAGUGUUAUUACCUUUUGAUAUCAUAUAAGUGAUGAUUAAUCUGUUUUUUUCAGGGAUUCUAUGCCUUUUUUUCUCAGAAAGCUAUUGGUAGCGGAAAGUCUACUCUUGAUAUAUACUUGGAUGAGCCAUUGCUCGACAUGGCCGCUUACAAGAAACUGAAUGUGUUACAUUACUGGAGAGACAACUCAGCUCGGUUCAAAGAGUUGGCAGUAAUGGCUCGAGAGGUUCUGAGUAUACCAAUAACGACAGUGGCAUCGGAAUCUUCAUUUAGUAUAGGUAGUAGAGUUCUUAACAAGUAUAGGAGCUGUCUACUACCUACUAAUGUUCAAGCUUUAGUGUGCACAAGGAACUGGUUAAAAGGAUUUCCUGAAAUUGGUAAGUGUUGGUUAUAAUUUAUUCAUAUAAUAAAUUGCUUCAGAAUCUUCAUGGGAUUAUUUUUUUGGUAGGUGAUGAGUCUGUUGAAAAGAUAGAAGAGGAGAAAGAAGAAGAAGAGAAAGAGAAGGAGAAAGAAGAAGAGAGUGGAGAAUCUAUAGACUUGAAUUGAGGUAUUAGAGCAAGAAAGUCAACAAUAUUUGGGGAUCAAUAUGUGCAUUUCAACGUCAGCAUCCCUACGCUGAAGACAAGUAAAGAAGCUGGAAGCUGGAGCAAAGUGAAUCAUGAUAUCAGAGUUAUAACUUUUUUUUUACAUAAAACAGAGAGUUAUGAAAAACUGAAGUCUAUUGAAUUUAAUUUACAUCACAUUUGUAUUCAGAAAUUUUCAAUGACAUUAAAAUUGAGUUUA